AUGGCUAGGGCAAAGAGGAUUCACAUAAUUAAUCUUGGCAUCAAAACCGAAGUGCGAUGGACGCUUUUGAUGCAAGCCCUUGCAUCUCGAAACGAAUGCCCGCUUGAGAGUCUCAGUAUAACUGCUGUCGGGACUUGCUCAACUCAAAUGGAAAGUGCUUGUAAAUGGUUAAUGAGUUUUGCUGAAACCAUGAACUUACCAUUCUCUUUUAUGAUGGUUACAGUGUCGGAUAUGUUUGACCUCAUAGAAGAUCAGUUUGAGAUUGAUGCAAAAGAAAGGGUUGCUAUCUUCUCUGAGUUUUUCAUGUGGACUAUGAUUCCACAGCCUGAUUGCCUGGAUUCUUUAAUGAAAGUGAUCAGAAAAUUCAAUCCAUGUGUAAUGGUGAUCAUCGAGGUUGAAUCAAAUCUCAAUGCACCUGGUUAUAGUGUUGUGGUGGCUGAGGGAGAGGAACGGAAAGGUCGACAUGUAAAGAUUGAUGUUUGGAGGGCUUUCUUAUCCCGUUUCGGGAUGGAGGAGAAAGAACUUAGUAUGUCUUCCUUGUACCAAGCAUAUCUGGUGGUCAAGAAGUUUGCUUGUGGGAAUUUUUGUACACUUGACAUGAAUGAAAAAUCCCUAAUUAUUGGGUGGAAGGGAACACCACUUCAUUCGCUUUCAAAGUUGAUGGUAAUAAAUGUCUUAUCAUUUUUUCCAGACUGUGAGGACCUGGAUGUUGAGGAUGUAGCUGGUGCAAAUGAUAAUUCUUUGUUUUCACACCUUUUCUAUCCAUUUUGA